CCCCUCUUCUAUCUCCUCCUCCUCCCUCACGUCCCAACUCGGGAGCGCCGCCGAUCGGUCGCCAGGAUUUUACCCCCUCGUCUCGGCCAAAAUGGAGGAGGAGGUCUCUCGCUGCUUAAUGAAGGGAGCCCAGAUUGCCUGACCGGAUCUGGUUCAAUGAAAGGCGUCGGGAUCCGCAUUCACAGCGAUCGCCACGAGCAGGGAGCCCAUUGAGGAUUUCUAUCAAGCUAUCUUUCUUUCUUUUUUUUUCUUCCGCGCACGCAACCCGCAGCCAUGAGCGCAGGAGAGGGGCUGGAUGAGGCUGCGAAGGACGCGGCAGACAUAGCGGCGUUUUUCAAAUCCGAUUGCUCUCUUCCAAAAUGUGAAUCCAAGCUGGAUGGCCCAGGUCCAACCUCAGGGUUUCAUCGUAAUGAGGAUAUGAAGGCCAUUGAUGUGCUUCCCAUCCUCAAGGAGAAGGUCGCCUUUCUCUCAGGCGGCAGAGACAGACGUGGAGGUCCUGUUCUCACCUUUCCAGCACGGAGCAACCAUGACAGAAUACGACCCGAGGACCUGCGCAGGCUCAUAGCCUACCUGGCUACUAUUCCCAGCGAGGAGGUGGCCCGACAUGGCUUCACAGUUAUCGUGGACAUGCGUGGUUCUAAGUGGGACAGCAUCAAGCCCUUGCUGAAGAUCCUGCAGGAGUCUUUCCCUUCUUGCAUCCACGUCGCCCUCAUCAUCAAGCCAGACAACUUUUGGCAGAAGCAGAGGACCAACUUUGGCAGCUCCAAGUUUGAAUUUGAGACGGUGAUGGUCUCCUUAGAGGGUUUAUCCAAGAUUGUGGACCCAUCCCAGCUGACAGCUGACUUCGAGGGCAGCUUAGACUACAACCAUGACGACUGGAUCGAGGUGCGGCUGUCAUUUGAGACUUUUGCCAGUGAUGCCACGCGUGCUCUGGCGCGCCUGGAAGAGCUCCAGGACACCCUGUCACAGCGCGAUCUCCCCCGGGACCUGGAGGGAGCGCGGAGGCUCAUGGAAGAACACUCCGCGCUGAAAAAAAGGGCCACUAAGGCGUCUGUAGAGGAGCUGGACACGCAGGGACGACGGCUGCUCCAAAGGCUACAGUUGCAAACUGCGGGAGGUGGUAGUGGCAGUGAAAGCGGGUAUGGUAACCGGGCUGUUGGAGCCAGCGGAGACCCCAACGACCAUCACCAUGGUUUCCAUGCAGACGCACACAACCUGGUGGCUAAAGUGACGGGUUUGUUAGAUAAGUUGCACGGGACACGGCAGAAUCUGCAGCAGCUGUGGCACAUGAGGAAGCUGAAGCUGGACCAGUGUUUCCAACUGAGACUGUUUGAACAGGACGCUGAGAAGAUGUUCGACUGGAUAAUGCACAACAAGGGGCUUUUCCUCACCAGUUACACAGAGAUUGGAGGAAACCACCAGCACGCCGUCGAGCUGCAGACCCAGCACAACCAUUUCGCUAUGAACUGCAUGAAUGUGUAUGUGAACAUCAAUCGGAUCAUGUCAGUGGGGAACCGGCUCCUGGAGUCAGGCCACUACGCCUCGCAGCAGAUCCAGCAGAUCUCAGGCCAGCUGGAGCAGGAGUGGAAAGCCUUCGCCGCAGCGCUGGAUGAACGCAGCACCCUGCUAGAGAUGUCCGCCAGCUUCCACCAGAAAGCAGACCAGUACAUGAGUAAAGUGGAGCCAUGGUGUAAAGCGUGUGGUGAAGGAGAGCUGCCGUCUGAGCUCCAGGAUCUGGAAGACACAAUCCACCAUCACCAAGGAUUAUACGAGCACAUUACGACUGCAUACUCUGAGGUAAGCCAGGACGGCAAGUCUCUACUCGACAAACUGCAACGACCCCUGACCCCUGGAAGUGCUGACUCAUUAAUGACGUCAGCUAACUACUCCAAGGCCGUCCACCAUGUCCUGGACAUCAUCCACGAAGUGCUGCAUCACCAGAGGCAGCUGGAAAACAUCUGGCAGCAUCGCAAAGUUCGCUUGCACCAGCGCCUCCAGCUGUGUGUCUUUCAGCAGGAUGUGCAGCAAGUGCUGGACUGGAUAGAAAACCAUGGCGAGGCCUUCCUCAGUAAACACACAGGUGUCGGGAAGUCUCUGCACAGAGCCAGAGCUCUGCAGAAGAGACACGAGGACUUUGAAGAGGUCGCACAGAAUACCUACACCAAUGCUGACAAGUUGCUGGAGGCAGCAGAGCAGCUCGCUCAGACUGGAGAGUGUGACCCAGAGGAAAUUUACCAGGCUGCCCAUCAGCUAGAAGAUCGCAUCCAGGACUUUGUGCGACGCGUCGAGCAGCGAAAAGUCCUGCUGGACAUGUCUGUUGCCUUCCACACACACGUCAAAGAGCUGUGGACGUGGCUGGAGGAGCUUCAGAAGGAGCUGCUGGAUGAUGUGUACGCAGAGGCGGUGGAGGCGGUGCAGGAGCUGAUCAAGCGUUUUGGCCAGCAGCAGCAGACCACUCUACAGGCUACUGUCAAUGUCAUAAAGGAGGGAGAGGAUCUCAUACAACAGCUCAGAGACUCGGCCAUCUCGAGCAACAAGACUCCCCACAACAGCUCCAUGGCGCACAUCGAGAGCGUGCUGCAGCAGCUGGACGAGGCGCAGGGCCAGAUGGAGGAGCUGUUCCAGGAAAGGAAGAUCAAACUGGAGCUCUUCCUCCAGCUCCGCAUCUUCGAAAGGGACGCGAUCGACAUCAUCUCAGACCUGGAGUCAUGGAACGAGGAGCUGUCGCAGCAGAUGAGUGACUUUGACACGGAGGACCUGACGCUGGCCGAGCAGAGGCUGCAGCAUCAUGCAGACAAGGCGCUCACCAUGAACAACCUCACCUUCGACGUCAUCCACCAGGGACAAGAGCUGCUGCAGUACGUCACGGAGGUCCAGGCAUCUGGUGUGGAGCUGUUAUGUGACAGAGAUGUGGACAUGGCCACGCGAGUCCAGGACCUGCUAGAGUUCCUCCACGAAAAGCAGCAGGAGCUGGACCUGGCAGCGGAGCAGCACCGAAGGCACCUGGAGCAGUGCGUCCAGCUGCGGCAUCUGCAGGCUGAAGUCAAACAGGUGCUGGGUUGGAUCCGUAAUGGAGAGUCCAUGCUGAACGCCGGCCUGAUCACUGCCAGCUCGUUGCAAGAAGCCGAACAGCUGCAAAAGGAACACGAACAAUUCCAACAUGCAAUAGAGAAAACCCAUCAGAGUGCACUGCAGGUACAGCAGAAGGCAGAGGCCUUGCUCCAGGCCAACCACUACGAUAUGGACAUGAUCAGAGACUGUGCAGAAAAGGUGGCAGAUCAUUGGCAGCAGCUGAUGCUGAAGAUGGAGGACAGACUCAAGCUGGUUAAUGCUUCUGUGGCUUUCUACAAGACCUCAGAGCAGGUGUGCAGUGUGCUGGAGAGCCUUGAGCAGGAGUACAAGAGAGAAGAAGACUGGUGCGGUGGUGCUGACAAACUGGGCCCAAACAGCGACUCUGACCACGUCACUCCCAUGAUCAGCAAACAUCUGGAGCAGAAGGAGGCCUUCCUCAAGGCCUGUACAUUAGCCAGACGUAACGCUGAUGUCUUCUUGAAGUACCUGCACAGAAACGGUGUCAACAUGCCCGGCAUGUUGUCCCACGUCAAAGCUCCAGAGACUCAGGUUAAGAAUAUCUUGAAUGAGUUGCUGCAGAGAGAGAACCGAGUGCUGCACUUCUGGACCAUGAGGAAGAGGAGACUGGACCAGUGUCAGCAAUAUGUGGUGUUUGAACGCAGCGCCAAACAGGCCCUGGAGUGGAUCCACGACACUGGGGAGUUUUAUCUGUCCACACACACGUCCACAGGCUCCGGGAUUCACCACACGCAGGAGCUGCUGAAGGAGCACGAAGACUUCCAGAUCACAGCAAAGCAAACCAAAGAGAGGGUGAAGCUGUUGAUCCAGCUUGCCGAUGGGUUUUGUGACAAGGGCCACUCCCAUGCCCUGGAGAUAAAGAAAUGGGUGUCCUCGGUGGACAAGCGCUACAGGGACUUCUCUCUCCGCAUGGACAAAUACCGAACCUGCCUGGAAACGGCACUCGGCAUUUCUUCCGACUCAAACAAGGCUAGUAAAGAGCUGCAGUUGGACAUCAUCCCAGCCAGUGCUCCGGGGUCAGAGGUCAAGUUGAGGGAUGCUGCCCACGAACUCAACGAGGAGAAGAGGAAAUCCGCGCGGAGGAAAGAGUUUAUAAUGGCUGAGCUGAUUCAGACAGAGAAAGCCUACGUCAGAGACCUGCGGGAAUGUAUGGAUACAUACCUGUGGGAGAUGACCAGCGGUGUGGAGGAGAUUCCUCCUGGUAUCGUCAACAAAGAACACAUCAUCUUUGGGAACAUGCAGGACCUCUAUGAGUUUCACCACAACAUCUUCCUUAAGGAGUUGGAAAAGUAUGAGCAGCUUCCAGAGGAUGUCGGCCAUUGUUUUGUGACCUGGGCUGAUAAGUUCCAGAUGUAUGUGAACUACUGUAAGAACAAGCCUGACUCCACUCAGCUCAUCCUGGAGCACGCUGGACCCUACUUUGAUGAAAUCCAGCAGAGGCAUCGUCUCGCUAACUCCAUCUCUUCUUACCUGAUCAAACCAGUCCAGAGAAUCACUAAGUACCAGCUUCUUCUCAAGGAGUUGCUGACAUGUUGUGAGGAGGGAAAAGGUGAGAUUAAGGAUGGUCUUGAAGUGAUGCUGAGCGUCCCCAAAAGAGCUAAUGAUGCCAUGCACCUCUCUAUGCUGGAUGGCUUUGACGGAAACAUUGACUCCCAGGGAGAGCUGAUCCUCCAGGACUCCUUCCAGGUGUGGGAUCCCAAGACUCUUAUUCGUAAAGGUCGCGACCGACACCUCUUCCUGUUCGAGAUGUCCUUGGUCUUCAGCAAAGAGGUCAAAGACUCCAACGGGCGCAGCAAAUACCUCUACAAGAGCAAGCUUUUUACGUCGGAGCUCGGAGUGACAGAACACGUGGAGGGAGAUCCUUGUAAGUUUGCCCUGUGGGUGGGCAGGACCCCGACCUCAGACAACAAGAUCGUCCUCAAGGCUUCGAGUCUGGAGAACAAGCAGGACUGGAUCAAACACAUCCGGGAGGUGAUCCAGGAGCGAACCGUGCACCUGCGUGGAGCUCUGAAGGAGCCCAUCCACAUCCCGAAAGCCACCACAGCUAAACACAAAGGCAGACAGGACCGAGAGGAACUGGACAGCCAGGGAGACGCCAGCAGCCAACCAGAUACCAUCUCCAUUGCCUCACGUACAUCACAGAACACACUGGACAGUGACAAGCUGUCCGGUGGCUGUGAGUUGACCGUGGUGAUCCAUGACUUUGUGGCGGGUAACGGUGGCAGCAGCGGGGAGCUGACGGUGCGCAGGGGCCAGACCGUGGAGGUCCUGGAGCGACUCCACGAUAAGCCAGACUGGUGCCUGGUGAGGACCACAGACCGCUCUCCGGCCCAGGAGGGGAUCGUACCCUGCGCCAUGCUCUGCAUCGCUCACUCGAGGUCCUCCAUGGAGAUGGAGGGGCUCUUCAACCACAAAGACACCUUGUCCGUAUCCAGUAACGACGCCCUGCAGCCGGGCUCCAGCCAAACCCUGGGCCCCCACAGCUCGCCAGGGCCCAAGCGUCCAGGGAACACUCUGAGGAAGUGGCUGACGAGCCCCGUGCGGCGGCUCAGCUCCGGCAAGGCCGAUGGCCACGUCAAGAAGCUCGCCCACAAGCACAAGAAGAACCGCGAUGGGACCCGGAAGAACAUGGACACGAUUCCCGGCUCGCAGAAGGACUCUGACGACAGCGCAGCCACGCCACAGGACGAGACACUGGAGGACCGUAUGAGAAACGAGGGGCUGAGCAGUGGCACCCUGUCCAAGUCUUCUUCAUCAGGCAUGCAGAGCUGUGGCGAGGAAGAAGGAGAAGAGGGUGCCGACACCGUCCCUCUACCUCCCCCUAUGGCCAUCCAGCAACACAGCCUGCUGCAGCCCGACUCCCAGGACGACAAGGUGGGUGGAUGCUUUAACACACGAGGAGAUCACAUACUGUAAAAAUACUCUCUGUAUCUGAUUUCGACUCUCCCUCUUUUCUUUCUUCAGUCUCUGGAAGAUCGUCCAAGCUCUCUGUCAGUGGAGCAGGGCGACAGCAGCUCCCCCUCGCUCAACCCCUCUGACAACUCCCUCCUCUCCUCCUCCUCGCCCAUCGACGAGUUGGACGAGCGCAAGUCUGGCUUCCUCAAGAGGAGACAUUAUGUGCUUCUGGAGCUGGUGGAGACUGAGAGAGACUAUGUCAGGGACCUGGGAUCAGUGGUGGAGGGCUACAUGAGCAGGAUGAAGGAGGAAGGAGUUCCAGACGACAUGAGAGGAAAAGACAAGAUCGUCUUUGGAAACAUCCAUCAGAUCUAUGACUGGCACAAAGAUUUUUUCUUGGGAGAACUUGAGAGGUGUUUGGAGGAUCCCGACCGUCUGGCUACUCUGUUCGUCAAACAGGAGCGGAGGCUACACAUGUACAUCGUGUACUGUCAGAACAAACCUAAAUCUGAGCACAUCGUGUCAGAGUACAUUGACACUUACUUUGAAGACCUUAAGCAGCGACUUGGCCACAGACUACAGAUCACGGACCUGCUCAUCAAACCUGUUCAGCGCAUAAUGAAGUACCAGCUGCUGCUGAAGGAUCUUCACAAAAUUUCUAAGAAGGCUGGAGUGGACACAUUGGAGCUGGAGAAAGCUGUGGAGGUGAUGUGUGUGGUCCCCAAACGCUGCAAUGACAUGAUGAAUGUUGGUCGCCUUCAAGGCUUCGAUGGUAAGAUUGUGGCUCAGGGCAGAUUGAUCCUCCAGGACACCUUCAUGGUUUCAGACCAGGAUGGAGGACUUCUGUCCAGGAUGAAGGAGAGGAGAGUCUUCCUGUUCGAACAGAUCGUAAUCUUCAGUGAGCCCCUGGACAAAAAGAAGGGCUUCUCUACUCCUGGCUACCUCUUCAAGAACAGCAUCAAGGUGAGCUGGCUGGGUCUAGAGGAAAAUGCAGACGACCCCUGCAAGUUUACGCUUACUUCCAGAUCAUCCAGUGGAAACCUAGAGAGGUACACCCUCCACUCAACGAGCCCUGGAGUCAGUCAAGUCUGGGUCCACCAGGUCAGCCAGAUACUGGAGAACCAGCGCAAUUUCCUCAAUGCUCUGACAUCCCCCAUAGAGUACCAGAGGAACCACGUGGGUGGCGGCGGGCCGGGUGGUCCGCCCAGCAGUAGCAGCAGCACUGGAGGCCUGCCAGGAGGCAGCAGCUCCAACAGUACCUCCAACAUGGGAGGGGGAGGUGGCGGCGGUGGCUCUGGAGGAUCAGGGGGCAGCUCCUCCUCUCUGUGCGGCCCUCGCUCCCGACCCUCCCGCAUCCCCCAGCCAUCCUCACGCCUCCCCCAGCCCGUCCACCAUCACCACCCCCCGGGCCCUGAGGGGCCCGACAGAUCAGCAGGUAUGUGGUCACCCUGCCACCCUCCCCUUCAGUCCCUCCCCUCUAACCCCUUCUCUGACACCACCUCAAACGGGGAGCUGUUAGCCUCAGAGGUCCCUAAGAUGAGGAUGCUGGAUAAUCCUCAUGGAAGUAACAGUAAUAACAGUAACAGGUCAUCAGGCAGCAUGGAGGGCAGACAAGGCCUUGGAGGCUUUGAGGAAACCCAGAAACAUCAAACAGCUGGAAUACCACAAAUGGCCGUGGCUCCUUUGAAUUUGCCCCAAAAGACCCCUCGAAUUGGGACAGUUUCCCCUAUGAUAUCGCCUCAGUCCCCUGGAGGAGGAGUUGGAGGAAAGGAGGCGUUUGUCCCCUCCAGUCCAGCCCAUAAAGGCAAUGUCUUCUGGGCUAUGGUCCCAGCUAUACCUCCCUCUCACACCAGCCGUCCCGGAUCAUUCUCCUACCCUAGUGACGGUGGAGGGGAUUCUCUGGGCAGAGGAAGCCACGGGACGCCCUCUCAUCACCGCCACUCCUCGCACAGUAAGGACAUAGACCGCAUGAGCACCUGCUCCUCCACCAGUGAACAGUCCAUACAGUCCACCCAGAGCAACGGGAGUGAAAGCAGUAGCAGCAGCAGUGUGUCCACCAUGUUGGUGACCCAGGACUACGUGGCAGUGAAGGAGGAUGAGAUCAGUGUGGCGCAGGGUGAAGUUGUCCAAAUGCUAGCCAGCAACCAGCAGAGCAUGUUCCUGGUGUACAGGGCUGCCAACGAGCACUGCCCCGCAGCAGAGGGCUGGAUCCCUGGCUACGUAUUAGGACACACCUCAUCCUCCAUCACCCCCGAGCUCCCUGAAGGAACCAUCAAAAAAUCAUUGUCAUGGCACACAGCGCUCCGUAUCCGCCGAAAAUCUGAGAAAAGAGACAAAGAGGGCAGGAAAAUGGAGAACGGCUACCGCAAGUCUCAGGACAGCCUGGCCAACAAAGUCUCUGUCAAGCUUCUAAAUCCAAACUUCAUCUAUGAUGCUCCUCCAGAGUUCCUUAUCCCUGUUGGAGACGUAGCGUGUGAGAGUGGUGACAGUGUUACUCUGAGUUGUAAAGUGUGUGGUCGACCCCGGGCCACAGUCACCUGGCGGGGACCUGAUAACAGCACACUUAGCAACAAUGGACGCUACAGCAUCACUUAUAGUGAGACAGGAGAGGCAGCCCUGUGUAUUCUUGGAGUGUCUGUUGAGGACAGCGGUGUGUACACGUGUGUUGCCACAAACAUAGCAGGCACUGUCGCCUCUUCCGCCAGCGUCACAGUCUCAGAUAUCCCAGAUGAUGGCAGUGAGGUCCUCUGGAAAGGCAGCUUCGAGUUCCACUACACAGAGAUCACUGAAUUAGGAAGGGGCCGUUUCUCAGUGACCAAGCGGUGCGACCAGAGAGGGAGCAAGCGGACAGUGGCAGCGAAACACAUCAACAAGAAGCUGCUGCGCCGAGAACAGGUGCUGCAGGAGGUCAGACUCCUGCAGAGUCUGGACCAUCCCAACCUGGUCAAACUGCUGGACACAUACGAGACGUUCAGCAGCUUCGUACUUGUACUGGAGAUGGCAGACCAAGGACGUUUCCUGGACUACAUGGUGAGCUGGGGAAACUUGACAGAGGAGAAAGUGGCUCUCUACCUCAGAGAUAUUCUCGAAGCCCUCCACUACCUGCACGGCUGGAGGAUCGCACACCUUGAUCUCAAACCUGAGAACAUUGUGGUGGAACACGCAUCCUCUCAGCCUCUCAUCAAGCUGACCGACUUCGGUGACGCCGCUCAGCUGAGCCCUCCUUCCUCCUACAUCCAUCCUCUCCUGGGGAGCCCAGAGUUCUGUGCUCCUGAGCUGGUCCUGGGUCAGCCUGUGUCACUGACGUCUGACCUCUGGAGCUUAGGGGUGGUGACCUAUGUUAUACUAAGCGGCGCCUCUCCCUUCCUGGAUGAGAGUCUGGAGGAGACUUGUCUAAACAUCUGCCGCCUGGACUUCAGCUUCCCUGAGGACUACUUCCAGGGUGUCAGCCCGGCCGCCAGGGACUUUGUCCGCCUGCUGCUUCAGGGCGAGCCGGAGCGACGGCCCUCUGCGGCGUCCUGCCUUCAAGAUCCGUGGCUCCAGCCUUGCGGUGUGAUGAACAGAGACAUUGGACACAACUUAAAUCACACUCUGCCGCCAUCUCAGAAUCAUCAUUCGGCACAUCUGGACACCUCCAGGCUCAUUUCCUUCAUCGAGAGAAGAAAACACCAGAACGACAUUCGGCCCAUUGGCUCCAUUAAGGCCUUCCUACAGAGCCGCCUGCUUAACCACUAGGUACAUGUGAGAGCAUCACCAUGUGCUGUGCGUGCCCAGGAAACUUCAGUGGAUGAGUCACCUGUUUCAGAUGAGCUGUGUUCAAAAAUAAAUACCUGCUGGAAGGUACACCAGCAACCUGACCACAACGAUUUCCCUUUCCUUCAUGAAGCCACAAACAUCCUGCUGCUGCUGACUGACUUGACUAAUCUGCUGAUUAAACCCUUUGACUGUCCCCACCUGCCCUUAACCCUGGCAUAUUGUCAUUAUGCCUGCACAACAAAUGAACCGUUGGAAUCCAUUUGAGAUUUCGAUCUUAGCAGGGAGAAAAAAAAUUGAGCUUUCUCUUCAAGCCAGCGCUGGCAAGUCUUGCGCUCUGGACAGUGUUAGACAGAGAAAUUAAGAAUACUGUAUAAGAGUAAUUCAGGCUGCUUUCGGUUGAACACAUGAAAGUGUGUUUUGGUUUUUUUUGUAUUGAGAGAUUACUUUUUGUAAAUGAAACCAUGUACAGGGAGGAAACAGAACUGUCUUUAUUCAUACCUUUUGGGAAAACAAAGGUUAGUUAUUACGUUGAAAGAAAACAAGAGAAAUGAGAUGUGCACCCAUCAGCAGGGUCCAUUCACUCUAGAUGAAGACCAAAACCACGAUGAGAAACACAUUGUAGUUACGUCCAAAACUGUCACGCAAAAAAAGCUACUCGGCAAAGCUUUUCUCCGAUUUCUACCUGCAUCCGCCUUAUUUGUAAAUAACAUAUUCCUGCCUUUAGUUCUCAAUUUGAAGUCUCAGAUGAACUUUUUUGUUUGCCCGACAUUAGUGAGCCCAUGCAGUUGGGGGAGAUAAGUCACUCCCUGCGGACCCUUCAGCCGCCCGGGUUUUCUUUACGAACAAAGCGCUACUAGAAAUUGCACUUGUAAUUUGCAUCGACUCCCAUGUGCAAUGUUGCAGCUUUAACGUUUAUGCAACUAUUUAUGAAGACUUGUGUUGUAGCCGUAUUCUUAAAAAAAAAAAAG